AAGCGGUAGGCAUGCGUGCUUGGGCUUCAUCGAGGAAGCGUUAAACAAGACUGAAAACUGCAGGGUGUUCAAGCUUGACGCGUACCUGGGGGACAUGGCUGCUGCAGAGUUGGAAUUUUGCGAAUGUUCGAUGGAAGACGUUGAUCCCAAGAAUUGCCCGGUGUUGAUAGUGGGUGAAUUGGGAAAACUGUUGAAACUGCAGUGGACGCAGGUCCGGGGGAAGCUGCAUCCCCGCGUUGAUGAAGAGACAUGGAAGACUGCUUUAAGCAACCUGAGGCCAAAUCCAACUGACUCUUGCCCACUCUGGCUAGAUAAGGCUACAGUGGCUGCACUUCCAGCAAAACUAAGCAGGCACAACACCCCUUCAUCAGCCCACUUUCUGACACUGCUUGUCCACAGCUGUCUACCAGGUAGAGGUCAUCAGUACAUUGUGGUUGUCUGUGAGCAGACUACAGUAUUUCCCUCCACUUGUGCAAUUGCUAGAGCAUUUCCCCUUUUUAAUCGGAAAUUAUCUCUUUCUGACUGCUGUGAUAAGCAAAAAGUUACAGUCGAGUUCAUCUUAUGCGAGCCCAAUGAUGGUCCACUCUCCAAGUCAAUGUUAAUGUGUUUGACAAAUGUGGCAGAAAGCAUUAGAAUGGCUGCUAGAAUAGUGGAUACACCCUGCAGUGAGAUGAACACUGAUGACUUUCUCCAGGAGAUUAAAGAAGUUGGCUCAGAGUUAGGAGUGGGUUUAACAGUUAUACAAGGAGAGGAACUUAAGGAGAGAGGUUUUGGAGGAAUCUAUGGAGUGGGAAAGGCUGCAUCAAAUCCUCCAGCCCUUGCUGUUCUUAGCUACAAACCAGAAGGUGCUACUCAGACAAUAGCUUGGGUUGGUAAAGGAAUAGUUUAUGACACCGGUGGCUUAAGCAUCAAAGGAAAGACUAUAAUGCCUGGAAUGAAGAGAGACUGUGCAGGAGCAGCUGCUGUUUUGGGUGCAUUCAGAUCAGCUGUUAAACAGGGUUUUAAAGAAAAUCUACACGCGGUAUUUUGUCUGGCAGAAAACUCUGUUGGUCCAAAAGCAACCAGACCAGAUGAUAUUCACCGUUUAUAUUCAGGAAAAACCGUUGAGAUUAAUAACACAGAUGCUGAGGGUCGCUUGGUUUUGGCAGAUGGAGCUGUUUAUGCUGUCAAAGAUCUUAAAGCUGACAUCAUUUUGGACAUUGCUACACUUACUGGAGCACAGGGCAUUGUAACUGGAAAAUAUCAUGCAGGUUUGUUAACCAAUAAUGAGAACUGGGAGAGAGCUUGUGUGAAAGCAGGCAGAAACAGUGGAGAUCUUGUACAUCCUCUUGUCUACACACCCGAGCUUCACUUUAGUGAGUUUUCUUCUGCUAUGGCUGACAUGAAGAAUUUUGUGAGCGAUAGAAAUAAUGCCCAGAGUUCCUGUGCUGGUUUGUUCAUUGGAGCUCACAUUGGGUUUGACUGGACAGGAGUCUGGAUUCAUGUGGACAUGGCAUUUCCUGCACAUGUUGGAGAGCGUGCAACAGGUUAUGGUGUGGCCCUGCUGCUGGCACUGUUUGGUCGUGCAACUGAUGAUCACAUGCUUCAUCUGGUUUCGCCACUGGGAAGCAACAGAGAGCAGAAACUGAAUGAUGAUGAACUAAAAGAAAAAGCACCAAAAAGGAGGAGACUGGUAUAAGCAUUGGGCUUGGGUGGCACAUAGGACUAUCAAAGUCUAGACUUGGUCCAGUGUGGAGCCUAACAUGUUUAUGCAGUUAAAGCAAAUGCAUUUGACAUAUGACUUCUAACCACUGACCGUUUUUGUGCUCAUUGUUUUCAUAUCUGUGCCUUUGUCGUUCCAUGCUUGCUUACUUUGUUUUUUGUAGUUUUUUAUUUUUUUUUUUUCUUUUUCUGAAAGCUUUUAUACCAACUGCUGUUAAGUACUUUUUUUCCUGUUGUAUAACUGUAGACAUUGAAUUUAAAUGUAAUUUCCAAAAAUGCGGAUGCCUUCAAUGUUUAUGUAUUGUAUGCUUUAGUCCAGCUUUCUUGGAACUUGGCCUGUCUAGUAUUGCAUAUACUCUACUUUCAAAAUGAAGGCUGCAGGUUUUAUUAAAGAAAUUAUUCAUUAUUAUAAGAUAAUAUACCACAUGUCCUCAACUAGUUGGCCUCUUAAUUAAUUUAUUUAUACCUAAUUCAGGUACUUAACCUGUAAGUACUCCCUUUAUAGAAAUGUAUCGGCUGUUAUGUUGUUCAGUACCUAUGAAGUGCCUUGGCAUUUUCAGUGCAGAAAGGUGGUGUACAAAGUUAGUGGUUAUUUUGUAACACUGAUAGCUUUAGAUUAUAAAUGUGGCCAUUUUGUUAAGGGUGGGAAAUAGAAACAUACUGUAAAGCAUACUAGAAUUUACUAGUUUUAUUUUUUUAGUACCAUUUUCUUCCAGUGUGCCUUCACUUUGACAUGGUUUACAAACUGUGAAUCUUGAUUGCUGUAAACAUGGGACUUGGUGAGACCAAUCUGAGGAAUAUCAAUAGACAGAUGAGGUAAGGACAAAUGGUUAUUGUUUGGCAUAUUGGAUAUAAAAAAAAGUAACGCACCCUGGAAUGGAAAACCAGCCCACCAGUUUACAAAAGAAGUCCUGUAGGGUCAGAUUUUUUUUUCCCCUUGUUUUCUAAUCUGAAAACUUCUUUAUUUUGCAAACUGCUGUAAUGAUUUUAGUUAAAUGCACUUAGCAGAUGUAAAUUAAUAUAACACUGUGUUACAGAAUAUUUCAAAAUUUUGCAGAUAUCCUUUUUGUUACUACGUCAGAUUUUUAGUAUCAUUUGUAAAUAUUUUUGAGUUGCUUAUACCAGUAAAUGAAUCAUUUUUACAUGAAAUGAAAUCUAUAUAAAGAAAUGUAAUGUUGUGCGUAAUAAAUCUGAUAAUUGCAUCUAAA